AUGUCGCAAAAACACUUUAUUGAUAAUGAAAACACAAGCGGGUUGAUCGAAGACGCUCUGGAAAGUUUGAUGUUGCAAAAUGGAGCCCUGCACGUGGACAAGAAAAACAAAAUUGUGUAUAAUGCAGCACACAAGCCUGAGCAGUGUGUAACAUUGAUUGCCGGUGGCGGCGCAGGCCACGAACCCGCCCACGCCAUGUAUGUUGGGAGCGGCAUGCUGUCGGCGGCCGUCUCGGGCAACCUCUUUGCGUCGCCGAGCGUGAAGCAAAUUUACCAAUGCGCCAGUACCGCCCAGGGCGCCGCCGGCACCAUCUUGAUCAUCAAGAAUUACACGGGCGACGUCUUUCACUUUCACCAGGCCGCCGAAAAGCUGCGCGCCACCCUCGGCGGGCGGAUCGAAGUCGUCGUCGUGGCCGACGAUGUGGCCGUCGGCCGGCGCCAGGGCGGUAAAGUCGGCAGGCGAGGCCUAGCUGGGACCGUCCUUGUGCACAAGAUUCUGGGCGCCAUGGCCGCUUCGCGCCUCCCCAUUGACCAGUGCUUGGACAUGGCCCGCGAGGUUAAUGCCAGCCUGGCCACGAUGGGUGUCUCUCUCGACCAUGUCCGCAUUCCCGGCACCAGCCCUCGAGCUGCUGAAGACCAAGCCAUUGGGCCCGAUGAGAUGGAGCUGGGUAUGGGUAUACAUAAUGAGACUGGGGCCCAGCGGUUGAGGCCUCGUCCGGAUAGCACCACCGUCAUCAAUCUUAUGCUGGACUAUCUCCUCUUCCAAGAUGACGAGGACAGAGCUUUCGUCGACUUUGGAGACGCCGAAGCUGUCGUGCUCAUGGUCAAUAACCUCGGGGCUCUAUCCGUUUUAGAGCUUUCCGCCAUCACUUUGAAAGUCAGCCAGCAGCUAGGACUCCGAGGUAUCAAGCCGUCAAGGACGUAUAGCGGCACAUAUAUGACGAGUCUCAACGGUCCGGGCUUUAGUAUCACGCUGUUGCGGGCUAGUAAGGAUAUGCUCGCUUACUUGGACGCACCUACAUCCGCCUUGGGCUGGUCAAGGUCAAUAGAGCACAAUAUUAUUAUCCCAUGGUCGCCUACUGCAUCCACGCCCUCGACAGAACUAGCCCAUGCAAAUGCCGGACUCACAAACACGGAUCUUCUAGGUCCCAAAGUUGAUGCCGUGCUCCUCCGAUCCGCUGUCACCAGUGCUUGCCAAGCCGCCAUUGCCGCUGCACCCAGCAUAACAAAAUUCGACAUGAUUGUUGGAGAUGGAGACUGUGGCUCAACUCUGCAACGUGCUUGCGAAGAAGUCAUGAAAAUGGUGAUGACAACGACCCCCGCCAGGAAUGGUUCGGCUAUUGAGCACCUACUCCGUAUUGCUCACACGAUUGAAGACAGCAUGGAUGGGACCUCGGGCGCCAUAUACGGCCUCUUCUUCAAUGGGUUGGUGUCUGGCGUGCGCGAAAUCGAGGGCGACGCAGAAAUGACUUAUGCCCAUUGGAUCCAAGCCGCGCGGACCGCCUUGCAGACGGUCCAGAAAGUGACACCGGCCCGCGCUGGAGACCGAACCCUCAUGGACGCGCUGGAACCUUUUGUAGACACGCUUCAGCGCGGGUCGGGGCUGGCUGCUUCGGUGGCCGCAGUUACUCAUGGCGCUGACAGGACAAAGGGUAUGCAGCCAAAGUUUGGACGCGCCGUCUAUGUCAACGAGGCGGGUUGGGACGCUGUCCCAGAUCCCGGCGCCAUGGGCGUCGUGGCUCUUGUUCAGGGUCUAGCUGAGGGUAUAUCAAGCUUUGGUGCUAGUCCACAGUGA